AUGGUGGACAACAGCGCGCUCAUGUCGGAGGCGGGGAGGAGUCUUUUGGCGGAUUCUUCUAUCCUUGAUUCCAAAAUUACAGAGAUUUCCAAGGAGAAAAUUCUAACUGAGCCAACUUCAGAUGGAGAAGAGGAAAUGCCUCAGAUUGAAACUAGAGUGGUUCUCGUUCAAGAAGCUGCAAAGUGUGAAGAACUACUGAAUGCUCUGGAGACCAUUAAGAUAAUGGAAGUUCCAGUUGUAAAGAUAAAGGAAACUAGUCCUGGUAAAUCGGAAGAAAAACUAAUUAAAAGUAUUGUGCAUAUGGAAAUUAAAGUGCCUUACAUAAAGGCGGAGUCGGUGGAAGCGUAUGGGGAGACCGAGUCACCAGAGUUUGAGACUGUCUUUGUGAUAGCGGAUUUCCACGCUCCGGUGUUCAACGAUUUGCACAAGGUGGACUGCAGAGUGCUGGGGCCUCCGAUAGUAAUGCAUUGUGCAAAAAAAGGCGAGGCUCUGCCUUUUUCAUGUCGACCGCUGUACUGCGCCAGUAUGUUGAAUCUUGUGUUAUGCUUCACUGGAUUCCGAAAGAAAGAAGAACUGGUUAAGCUGGUGACUUUGGUUCAUCACAUGGGAGGGAUUAUUCGAAGGGAUUUCAGUUCCAAAGUUACACACCUGGUUGCAAAUUCUACUCAAGGAGACAAAUUCAGAGUAGCUGUGAGUCUGGGCACACCGAUUAUGAAAGCUGAGUGGAUUUAUAAAUCUUGGGAGAGAAGAAACGAAAUUGACUUCCGUGCUGCUGCUGAGAAAUUCAAGAAUGAAUUCAAAGUCCCCCCGUUUCAGGACUGCAUGUUAAGUUUCCUUGGAUUCUCCGACGAAGAGAAGAAGAGUAUGGAAGAGAUGACAGAAAUGCAAGGUGGACAGCAUCUGCCUGUUGGUGAUGAGAGGUGCACCCAUCUAAUAGUGGAAGAAAAUACAGUAAAAGACCUUCCAUUUGAGCCGUCUCAGAGCCUUUACGUUGUAAAGCAGGAGUGGUUUUGGGGAAGCAUUCAGAUGGAUGCCAGAGCUGGAGAAUCUAUAUACUUAUUUGAAAAGGCCGACAGUCCUGAGCUCAAAACGUCCGUCUCCCAACUUUCCCUGAAUACUCCAAAUAGCAACCGGAAGAGGCGCCGCUUAAGAGAGACUCUUGCUCAGCUGACCAGAGAGACGGACAUGUCUCCUUUCCCACCUCGGAAACGGCCGUCGGCUGAGCACUCACUUUCCAUGGGAUCCUUGCUUGAUAUUUCGAACACUCCCGAUGCGAGUAUAACCACUGGAGAAACUCCAAAGUCAACAUGUAUGAAGCCAUCAAAAAACUCAACUCCUCUUCCUCCAAAGCAGUCUGCAAGAUGGCAGGUUGCAAAGGAGCUGUAUCAGACAGAGAGCAACUAUGUCGAUAUCCUGACAACCAUAAUCCAGGUCUUUCAGGUCCCGCUGGAAAAGGAAGGGCAGCUUGGAGGCCCCAUCCUUGCCCCAGAAGAAAUUAAAACCAUCUUUGGCAGCAUUCCCGAUAUCCUUGAUGUACACAUCAAGAUAAAGGAGGACCUUGAAGACCUCAUGAUCAACUGGACUGAGAUCAAAAGUAUUGGGGAUAUCAUUCUUAAAUAUUCAAAAGACUUGCUGAAAACGUACCCUCCCUUUGUGAACUUUUUCGAAAUGAGCAAGGAAACUAUUACCAAGUGUGAAAAACAGAAGCCAAGGUUUCAUGCUUUCCUGAAGAUAAAUCAAGCUAAGCCAGAAUGUGGACGCCAGAGUUUGGCCGAACUUCUCAUCCGACCUGUACAGAGGCUGCCUAGCGUUGCUCUUCUUCUUAACGACCUUAAGAAACACACUGCAGAAGACAAUCCCGACAAGGAAACACUAGAGAGAGCCAUUGAGUCGCUGAAAGAAGUGAUGACGCACAUUAAUGAAGAUAAAAGGAAAACAGAAGCUCAGAGGCAGAUUUUCGAUGUUGUAUAUGAAGUAGAUGGCUGUCCGGCUAACCUCUUGUCAUCUCACCGGAGCCUAAUUCAGCGCCUGGAAACGGUGGCGCUAGGCGAUGACCUCUGUGACAGAGGGGAGCAGGUCACCCUGUUCCUUUUCAAUGACUGCCUGGAGGUUGCAAGGAAGAGGCACAAAGUCAUCGGGGGUUUCAAGAGUCCUCACGGUCAUACCCGACCACCCGCCUCUCUCAAGCACGUCGUCCUCAUGCCCCUGUCGCAGAUCAAGAAAGUCCUAGACGUCCGGGAGACAGAAGACUGCCACAGAGCGUUCGCGUUGGUCGUGCGGCCUCCGACAGAGCAGACCAACUUGCUGUUCAGCUUCCAGAUAACUACCGAGGAGCCCCCUAAGAAGGACUGGCUGAAGAUGCUCUGUCGGCACGUGGCCAACACGAUCUGCAAAGCUGAUGCUGAAAAUCUUAUUUAUGCAACGGAUCCCGAUUCCAUCGAAGUAAACACAAAAGAUAUGGACAGUACAUUGAGCAGGGCAUCCCGGGCCAUCAAGAAAACAUCCAAAAAGGUUACGCGAGCAUUCUCCUUCUCAAAGACGCCCAAGAGAGCGCUCCGAAGAGCUCUGAUGGCGCACAGCAGCGUUGAAGAAAAGAGUUUCGGCACCACUAGCGAGAAUUAUUUAGGGGGGCGCAUGGCUAGCACCUCGUCACUCUCCGGCAUUCACUCACCUUCCCUGCUCAACCUUCCGUCAAUGUUCGAAAAGAGAAGCCAUACAUUAAGCCGGUCAACAACUCACUUAAUAUGA